UUGAUGUUAUGGCCCGGGUUCGGAUCACGUGAUGAGUCCGCCGAGCGGAACCCGCAAAUCUCCAGCCAAGCUCCAACCAUCCAUCCCCAAACUUCACAACCACCACCUCAUCCCCCAACCCACUCAGUCUCCCACAUCCGACCUCCAUCCAAACCAUCACAAUGGCAUUCGCGUGGAAAGCCUCCGGCAUCUCCUACAACCGCUACAUCUCGGUCGCAUCGCGUGUCGUGCGUCGCUCGCUGAAGGAGGACAAGCGCAUUGCCGCCGAAAAGAGGGGCGAGAGCGACUUGCGGUUCGCCAAGUGGGAGAACGGCAAGCAGGGCGAGGUGAAGAACUUGGCUGACGCCAACGCCGCGGCGGAGUCUUCUGCAGGAAGCUCCUAAAUGUGCACAACUGGAAAUGAUAUGGGGGGUUUGAUGGGCGGCACAAUGUGUGUGUGGUGAUAGGGAUGCGGAGAGAAGGUGGUUAGUAUCCACCGGGGAUGAAUGUAUAUCUUUG